UAAGAAUACAAAAUGGCAUACAUGCUAGAAAACAUAAUUUCAAUUUGAGAUACAAAGUAUUCAAUACGAUUUGUAUAUAUCACUGUUCUUGCUGGAUAUGAUUCUGAAGUUCGAAACACGAAAGUCAACCACCCACACUUAUGUUGCUAUCUGCCUCAUAGAUGUAUGCCUUGUCAAUCGUCUAAUCACCAUUAUUUAUUAAUUCGUACGUCUCAUCAAAUAAAGAAAGAAACGAUUGCCUCACAAUUAUUGAUAUAAUCUUAACAAAUACCAUUUAGCAUAUGUUUGACCUCAUAUACCAGUUGAAAUGUUCAUAAAAUACAUCUUUCGGAAACUGUGAGUUGUAUAUUGUUUAAUAUCUUGUUCGAUUAUUUUUCACUCAUAUGGAGACGUUGUAAAUACCCAUGAGAGGCUGGAAAACGUUGGCUUAUGCUUGUCGCUUAUGAACUUUAAGCAGGCGGGUGUCUUUAUCGUGCCACACCUGCUGCGGCACACGACCUCAUUUAGUGCGGUUUUAUCCGAAGGAUCGACCCCCAUUUAGUCACCUCUUACGAUAAACAAGGGGUACUGAGGAGCUAUUCUAAUUCUAUUCCCAAUCUGUUACAUACCUGACUAAUUCAAAAUCAAAAGCAAAUUCAAAUUGUCUCGUAAAAUCAAAGGGAAAUACAUAGCCACAACAAACAAGGAACAAUAAAGAAUAUAGAUUGCUGUGUUCAUUGUUCCAUUAGUUUCGUGUCACUUUUAGUGGCAAACCGCAGAUAUUUUAUACCAGUUGAUGAUUACGAAACAAGGGUUGUAUACAUCUAACCCCUCAUCUAAUAAUAUAUAAAUAAUUCCUCAGUGUACCCCUUGCAAUGACUUGUGAAAUGACGUAUAGUUUAAGAUCAAGGAUUCGACAUUACCCGUACGAUCGAUAUUACCGUGGUGCUUAAUCUCGGUUGAGAUUCCGCUCGUCAGGGUAUCUGGACUGACGAUUUCAUCGAAACUCAAAACAGUCCAACAUAAUUCAUAUCUGAAUUUUUACAUUCAUAUUCGGUCGAUUCUAGUUCGGAGACGAGCACUGUAGAAUACAGCUAAAAAAAAAACACUGAAGAGUGACAAUCAGAGUAAAAUAGACUGUAUGAAAAAAUAUGACGGUAUAAGAUGACAAAUAUGCAUGCAUUUCAGAAUGCAUGUAAACAUUAAUCGACACGUUAUUUAUCAGUUACCGACUGGGAAAUCGAGAAGUGUCAUUCGUACUUACACAAUCAAUACCUUAUCAGAUAUAAAACGUGCGCACUAAUUAAUGAAGCGGAAAAGCGAACACAAAUGCAAAUAACAUAAGGAAAUGUUAUUUAAACUGAAAUAUAAAAAAACAUGCACGGAUCAGCGUAUCCUAAUGAAUACCCAAUUUGCCAUUUAAAAUCCACUCCCAUAACAAAGCACACAAAAACAUGGAACACUGGUAGAAACAGACGGAAAUUAUGCUGAACAGCGAAAAGAAGGAAAACUCGACCUCGCUCGGAAACUCAGCUUCAUAUCAUAACAAGAUAAUACUCAGCUUAAUAUACAGAAUAAAUACAGCAAUGACCUACAUGGAAAGUUCAAGGAAUGAAAUCGGUACAGAGUCUACAGGGAAUGCGGACGGCUGUAUUCAGAUGAAAUCGCUAUUAGCUAAAACAUUUUGCUGAUGCAGGAUGGGAAUAUAUUUGAUGUCCUCGCCCUGACAACCAGAAAACAAAAAAUCUGCUAUUCCUGCAAAAAUAAAAAAAACAACAACCCCAAAACCAGACAAUAAAAAUGGAAAUACACCGACGGUCGCUGGCAGCAAACGUGCACUGAAAAGAUCAAUUAACAAGUUAAAAAGGAACCAAAUUGUGGAAACCAUUGGUGGUUUUUUAUUUAUUUAUUUUUUUCAUUUUUUUUAGACAACAGUAAGAUAAUCCAAUAUUUACAGCUUACCCAAUUAUGGCCAAAGCGAGGUGUUAAAUAGAACACGAUGUAGACAUUAUGUUUCUUUCUCAUGUACCCCCAAAAUUAUUUCGUUUGAUAUCAUUACCAUGUGACGUAUGGUGUCAAUUGACUCCUCUUCUGUGCAUUCGUCGUUUCAGUACAUUUUGUAUUUUACAUUCCAGUGAGGAUCCGGGUUACAAUUAUUUUAGUUCCUUAGUAAACCUUGUUUGACGUAAAAGGCGACUAAAUGGAGCGGUUCGUCACACGAUACUGCAAAAAACCGAGGUCCCGAUAAAGAUUUCCACAACUCGUCCCUGGAUUUAUUAACAUGCCAGACUCCUGCUUCCCUGAAUGGGAUACCAAUAGUCAGCCACCCUUACGUAGACGAGUAUAACUUUGGAGAAGCAUUUCUGAGUUUAUUGGCACAAUAAUAAAGGAAUUAAUUUUUCCGGCUGAAAAAUACUGCGAUGAUGCUUCUCAUUUUCCAGUGUAUUUUGUUUGUAAUACAAACAGCAGCAUAUGAAAACUUGGCAAUCAGGAAACCAGCAUGGCAGCAACAUGACUGGCCUUAUACACCCAAUGACUGGGGAGCAGCGAAAGCGGUGGAUGGACGGUACACUAACCGUUCAGCAUCGGCAAACCAAUGUACUAUUUCAUCCCUGGGACAAACAACAGCGACGUGGAGAGUGGACCUUGGGAGUGCGCUCAGCAUCAGUCACAUUGACAUCUACUAUAGGACGGAUAGUAUUCCGAGCCCUGGUGCGUUUUAUGGUCGAUUUGCUGGAUUUUUCCUCUAUGUAUCCAACACCACGUCAAAGGAUGACGGCCAUCUUUGUUUCCAUGAAAUACAGAAUGUGAACGGUACACCAGUAGAGAACCAGACAAUAAGCUGUUCUGUUCAUGGACGUUAUGUGAUAUACUACAACGAGCGAAGGCUGGGUGUUACCUAUCCUGAUUAUUACUGGCACGAAGCAUACAAUGAACUGUGUGAAGUGGAAGUUUAUGGAUGUGCUGACUCAAAGUAUUAUGGAGAGAAUUGUGAUAAAUUAUGCCCUGACAAAUGUCAAGGAAAACGAUGUGACGUCAUCACCGGUCGCUGUCUAGGAUGUACACCGGGAUAUCAAGGUCCUGACUGUAAUCAAGAAUGUGAUGUACAGACAUAUGGAUCCGAGUGUUCUCUGCCAUGUGGUAACUGUAGUGAUGGAGGGGUUUGUCACCAUGUCAGCGGCACGUGUCCUAGGGGAUGUGAUGAAGGAGUAUACGGGGAAAAAUGCCAGACACAAUGUCAGCCUGGCUUUUAUGGGAAAAAUUGUGGACACAGAUGCAGUGAGAACUGUAACGUGACAAACCGCUGUAACAGAUUUACAGGGGAGUGUGGCGGGGGCUGUGAACCGGGAUGGACGUUGCCAACAUGUCAGCACGAAUGUGAUGGUGGGAUGUACGGCCCAGCCUGCACACAGAGGUGCGGCCCCUGUCUAGACAACGAACAGUGUCACCAUAUUAACGGCACGUGUUUGAAUGGCUGUUCUUCCGGAUAUCAGGGAGGGAACUGUGAAGAAAACUGUCCUAGUGGAUAUUUCGGUAUCAAUUGUGAGAACAGCUGUACGGUGUACUGUGGUAGAAAUGGUAGUUGUGACCGGACCACCGGGAUAUGUGAUGGAGGAUGUAGGGAGGGUUGGAGCGGACCUCUCUGUGGUACUGAAGAAAAGCCAAUAUCGAGAGCCACAUGUACUGCAGACGAUAACACCGUCUUCAUAGUAGGCCUGGUAAUAUCCGUUUUCGUUGUGAUCGCCGGAAGUGCCGUGAAUUUCCUGAUAUGGAAGAGAAAUCAGACCAAGUAUAAACAGAGAGGAUUAAAAGAAAACUUCGAAAGUCAACCUGGAGCAGUUCAUGUCUCAGAUAUAACAAGCAGUGCAGAUCGGGUUGGAUCCCCGUAUGCAGAACUCGGAGACAAAGACAAGUCGAACAUGUACGAUGAACUUCACCAUUAUACCGAAGCUGCUGGAAAAAUUAAUUGAACUCUAUUAUUAUUUAUGUAGACACUUAGAGGGGUAAUACGGAUAUAUAGGGGUCCUUAAAAAUCACAUUGGGCGAGGCGUAAGCAUAUAUAACGAUUUUAUUAUGCCGAUGAUUUUACGUAUAUAUCAAUUAAAGGCAUAUUUACAAUAUUCCUUCUUCGUGUUUUCUAAUGUACAUGUACAACUGUCAUAAUAAAUGAUUGUAAUGUAUGUAUUCUUGAGAUAAUUUAUAAAAAGUACAACAAUGAAAAUGUGGCUGCAACAUUUAAACCAUCAACAGCGCGAUAAAAAUAAGUUUUUCAACAAACUGUAAAUUCAAAAAUGAAUUCAUUUCUUUUCGUAUACCUAUAUAUAUGGAGAUAUUGGUCAUACCUAUGGGCCUCAACCACUGACCCAUGAGCCAUGAAUUUCAUAAUUUGAGUAUAAAGCUUGAUGAUCAUCAUAUUCAUGCAUUUAGUUUUUCUCAAAUAUAUAUGGGAACAGAGAAGAUUUUCUCUGAUUUAAUACAUUUCUCUCUAUACGGCCAUGUUGACCCCACCCUGGGUCUGAACCCCUGACCCAGAGGGCAUGAAUUUUACAAUCGAUGCAGAGGGCUUUAUGGACAUCCUAAUUAUGUAUUUAGUUUGUCUGGAAUAUAUAUUGGAGUAGAGAAGAUUUUCUAAAAUCUAAUACAUUUCCACUAUAUGGCCGCAUUGGCCCUGCCCUGGGGUCUUAACCCCUGAUACGGGAGCUAUGAAUUUCACAAUUGUGAUAGAGGGCUUCAUGGACAUCAUAACCAUGCAUCUAGUUGUUCUGCCACAUUUAUGGGAUUAAAGAAGAAUACCUUUGAAAAUAUGUCCAUUUUAGCAUAUUUUGCCCCAUCCACGAGACCUGCCAUUAAUUUCAGAAUAUAUAUUCUAUUCUUCUUAUCCUAGAGAUGCAUCAUACCAAAAAUGAUAAAAACAAUAUUUUAUAUUACUUUGAAAUUAUAAGAAAUUAGGUUAAAUGUGAAACUGUUUUAUGAAUUGUCGAUAUGCUUAUAAAUGUUUUUCUUCCAACUACAAGGAGGAGACCUGUCCUCCUGUAGUACUGCCAUGGGGGUUGUGAAUGGACUGUAUUCUACGUGAGGCGUUUUAUAUAUAUAUAUAUAUAUUCCAUUCUGUAUACAUGUAUGUGUGUUGUCCAUCAAUAUAUAACUUUUAAUUUGAAGACUGAUAAUCUAUAAUAUGCAUGACAGUUCGAAUUUUCUUAUGAAUAUAUGUAUCAAAUGAUAUGUCAGAACAAUCAAUUUGCUAUUAUUGUACGUACAUGUAUAUUCUUUCAUAUUGUUGUUGUUGUGUGAUAAUAAAAGAUU